AUGUCAGCAUAUCACUGGCAAAUAAUUUGCUAUCUAGCCUGGUUCUCGAGCAUCACACACGUGGCCUGCUUAUCAGCUCUUCGCACCUACUUCUUUCAGCAUCGCACUGAACGCAAUUACCGACUAGGUCUCAUCGUUAUUCUUUUAGCUGGUUUGAUCACAGCAUUGAUACCUACCGGCUAUUUCAACUGGUCGGCUUCUCUAUCGCCUGGCAAAACGGCAAGUCUGUCUCCCUCUAAUGCUCGAUGUUUCUCUUGGCGAAAAACGGCACAAGCUUUACAUGACUCCUCGAAUUCACACUACUACGGCAGAAGCUCAUCGUCCCCACCACGCUCCAUCUACCGUCGACGGGACAAUAGCACAAUUGAGUGGACUUUAGCAUUUGAGACUUCCACUACGUCUAUUCUCAUAUUGACUUUCAGUUUUUUUGGUCGAGCAUCCAAAUUGUUCCGUAAAACCUCACAACUAGCCAAAAACAUUCUCAGAGAAACCCUGGGACACUGGGCAGUCUCCUGUCUGCAGAUCACCGCAGUCAGAUGUCGAAAAUUCGGCACUACACCAUUUCGAAAAACGCUACUAGCCGUAUUCCGGCCCUUAGACUUGACAAUUGCGACUUAUCUGGUCGCGAAGGUCUACAUGGAUGCAGUAUCAUCCGAACUUGCCGAUCUUCUUUGGCUCAUCAUGUCUUUGAUAUGGGGCACUUUUCGGCUUGUACUUGCGCGAGUUGAAGUAGAUAUUGGUGAUUCCGAGGACGCUUGGAGCUUCAGCCAGGUCUUGCCCGUCUUUCUUCUCCUAGGACCACUUUUGGCUGUACUGGUAUCAUUCCUACACGCACCAAAUGGUCAGGCUAAGGAACGGCAAAGAACCACUGAGGGAGAUAUGGAGUUGAUCGAUCAGCUGGUCAGAUCAUUAAGAACUCGUCAAGAUGGUAUUGUAUUGCAUUGA